AUGACACCGGAUUAUGAGGUAUUGUGCAACGGCCGUGUCAUGGAUGAAGGCUGGUUCGCCAGCUUGCAGAAACCAAAUGUGGGAAUCACCACUCUGCCUAUCACCUCCAUUCAGCCUAGAUCAGUGACAUUGGGACCGGGACGACAUUACCCACCUAUGUCAAAAUCUUCUUCAACGGCGCCCACCGAAGCAAGGAUAAUCCCGGCGGAUGUGAUCAUUAUGGCCGGUGGCUACGACACAAACCAGUGGCGUCACCCACUGGACAUUACAGGUCGCAAUGGGCGAAGUCCGUAUAAAAACAUGGGAGGAGCGGGGUGGGAGCCACAGCAUAUCUUGGAACUCGUGAUUCUCGCAAGGGAGAGCAUGGUCAACUAUAACCUGAGCUUCACUGGGCCAAUCUUGAGAGGUGAUGUGGACAUGUACGAGGUUAAAGAGUCCAUGGAGCUCAAGCGGACCUCUGAUUUGCAAAAGGUGCUAAAGAAUUCCCUCUUCCCCUCGAGUGGCUGCAAGUCCUGGGACGUUGGCGCAGACGGCUGGAACUCGACCGUCUAUCCCACACACCUAGGUUGA